UUCCGACCUUCCUGGAUGGGUCGCAGCCGAGAGCGCCGGGGCGCGAAGGGCCUGGCCCCGGGACGCCGCCAGCAGCAGCAGCGGCAGCAGGAGGGGGCGGGGCCUGAGGCGGGCGGCGGGGAGGGGGCGGGGCCUGCUGCUGCUGCUGCUGCUCCCCCCCCGGCAGCCGAGGCGGGGGGGUUCGGGCCGGCGUGGCCCCCGCUGGCCCUGUGGGACUUGGGCCAGUGCGACCGGCGGCGCUGCACGGGGAGGCGGCUGGCGCGGCGGGGGCUGGUGCGGGCGCUGCGGCUCGGGCAGCGCUUCGGGGGCUUGGUGCUCAGCCCCGCGGCCGGCCGCCGCCUCUCGCCCGCCGACAGACAGGUUGUGGCGCAGAACGGAGUGGCUGUGAUUGAUGGCUCCUGGGCAAAGCUGCACGAGAUGCCGUUUCACAAGAUGAGGGGAAAUCACCUCCGGCUGCUGCCGUACUUGGUGGCUGCAAAUCCGGUGAACUACGGCCGGCCGUGCAAGUUAUCCUGCGUGGAAGCUUUUGCGGCUGCUUUCUAUAUUGUAGGGUUCUCGGACGUUGCCACAACUCUCUUGGAAACAUUUAAGUGGGGAAUGGUGUUCCUUGAUCUGAACAGAGACCUCCUAGAGAAAUAUGCAACUUGCAGCUGUGAAGAAGAGGUUCUGAGUGUGGAAAGAGAAUUUCUGGCCACCACCCCGGAAGAUGAUGAUGAAAUUGACCCUUUUGAUGUUGAUUCUGGAAAAGAGUUCUGUAAUCCCAACAGACCUGCCAGAGGAGUGAUUACUGCUGAUGAAGAAACACCCGAUGAGUCAAGCGGUAGCAGCUCCGAAGAACUGGUGUGAGACGUUUCUGUCUACGGAAAGCCAGCUGACCUCGGUGGGCCUCUUGCUCUUACGCGGCUCUGCUCGGAUGAGAUUGGCGGGUGGCUUUCCCUGUUCGGCCGUGGUCCGGCUGGCUGUAACGAAGAAGCGUCGCCUCCUUGCGCCUCUUCUCUCCCUCUUCUUUACCUGACUCAGCGUUGUCCUUUGCCUGUUGAGGACGAAUGCGUUUGUGUUCCUGUUUCAGUUACGGCUGAUAUGCUAAGGAUUAUUUCAAAAUGAAAAGAAAUUUUGACACCCUU